GAUUGGCCGCGUCUACAAGGCAAGAAUGGACGCGAUUGGCUGGAGUUUUGUAUCCUUGCUUCUGACUGGAGGAGAAGAGUUUACCUGGCUCUUGAUAGCACAGCUUCUCCUUUCUUCGCCGAAAAAAUCUCACAAAAAGGAGAGAAAAGAAAUCGAUGGGUGUGUCCGGAGAGAAAAACACCUGCGGAUGACAGUACCUGGAGAGACGGAGAGUGAUCGAGGCAGCUGAGUGCGCCCAGCUGCUCCGGUACAGACGCCCAGAACCAGCAGCAGCAGCAAUACCAACAGCAGCAGCAGCAGUCCCCAGGCGGUUCUGCAGUCUCCGGUGAAUGUUGCUUGCUCUGAUCGACCACAAGAAGCCGGACGCACGUUUGCUCCCCUCAAAAUGUUGCUCGUACAGGUGUGUUACGGGCGCCAUCAAGCCCAGGCGACCCGGAACGCUGCCUUGCCCCUCACAAAAGGCUUCAGGGCGGCAAAGUGCGGCGGGGAGGGAGCGGGAGGGGACGAGAGGACAAGAGGAAGAGAGCGUAAGCGAAGCAGGCAGGAGGCGGCGGCACGGAGAGGAACGAACGCUUUUGUGGAGGUUUGGUGAGCUAACGUGGAGAGGGCGGCGAAUGGGAGCGGCGCAUGCGUGGGAGUCCAGCAGGAGGGAACCACGCCAACAUUGUAGCCUCGCUGGCGUCACGGUGACAAGUGCUCCUCCCAUUUCUGUCCUUUCCUCCCCUCCUCCGCCCCUGCAUCCCUCACUCCUGGUUCCUUUCCACGCCCUCCAUCAAACUCGUACUCCCUCCGCUGCUACCUCCUCCUCUGUUUGCCUGCCGUGUGUUAACGUGUUCGUCCACUCCUCUCAUCAGUCUGCUCUCCUCCUCCACGUCCCUCACUUUUCUCCGUUCUUUAAUCCUUUCCAAUACUUUCCAUUCACUCGUUCUCCGCUGCUGCUACUUCCCAUCUCACUCUGCCUCCGCUUUCAUCAGUCCACUGCUUUUUACUUUUUUUCUCCAAUCCUUUUCCACUUGCUUUGCAUCAAACUUUCUCUCUCUUCUCUGAUUGUUCACUAUGUCAGUUUUCUUUUCCUCCGCUGUUGUCAGCCUGCUUGGCCUUGCUUCCCCCUCGUCUUCUGCGUCCCUUGGUUUUCUCCACUGACUCCUUCUGUAACUUCCACCAAACUUCACUCCCGCUACUUCCUCCCCAUUGCUGCAGUGCUUUUCUCCAAUCUCCUCCGCCCUGGUCAGCCUGCCCUUCACAUUAUUUACCAGUCCAUCACCUUGCUGUAUUUCUCGACUUCAUAACACUUUUUUUUCCCCGCUGCGUCCUCACUUCGCUAUCGCGUUUCAGUGCGUCCACCCUUGUUUUCCUCACGGGUCCUCUCACACCGCUCCACAAGUUAAUUUCUUUUCUCUCUCUCUCUCUCUCUCUCUUACUGUUGUCCCUUGCUAGUUUUCGUCGUCGUGUUCUCUGAAUGUCUGUUGGUUUAUUUUAUUUGGAUAUUAUAGUUAAAAAAAGUGGUUGCACGUGUCUGUAUUAUCUUAUGCGGCCUUCCUCCACUCUUUUUGUGCUCUGUCGUCUGGCAGACACCAAGCCGGCAGCUCAGAACAUGAAGUCGUCUUCAUCUUUUUAUGGUGCAGAAAUAAGAACCAAGUAAACUAGCCUUCCGGUCACUCACCUCCUGUA